AUGCAGUCGCUAACAGGUCUGCUUCUGGUCGUUUGUCUACAAUAUGCCAGUAGUGCAACCCACAGUUGGAAAGCCUAUUACACUGGAACAUCUGGUUUGACUGAGUUUCCAGAGUUUGUGGCACUGAAUCUCAUUGAUGAUCAGUUGAUGGGGUACUUUGACAGCAAGACCAACCACUUUAAGAGCCAAUUCCAGUGGAUGGAAGAUAAUCUUGGGAAAGAAUAUGAAGAGCGUCAGACUAACAUUCUACUGGGCCAUACUGAAACAUUCAAGAACAACGUUAACAUUUUAAGGGAGCGCUUCAACCAAACACAGGGUGUUCACACAGUUCAGCUAAUGUAUGGCUGUGAGUGGGAUGAUCAGACUGGAGCUAAAAGUGCGUUCCGAGAGUAUGGUUAUGAUGGAGAGGACUUUCUAUCUGUGGAUUUUAAGGAGAUGAGAUACAUCUCUCCAGUGCAGCAAGGAAUCCCCACAGUACAGAAGUGGAACAAUGACAGAGGCAAGAUUGAGAAUCACAGAAAUUACUUCGGCACUGUGUGCAUUGAGUGGCUGCAGAAAUAUCUCCAGUAUGGAAAGAGCAGUCUGGAGAAAACAGUCUCUCCUCAGGUGUUGCUGCUGCAGAAAUCUUCUUCUUCUCCAGUUGUGUGUCAUGCUACAGGCUUUAACCCCAGUGGAAUAAAGAUCUCCUGGCAGAAAAAUGGACAAGAUUAUGAUGAGGAUGUGGAGCUCGGAGAACUUCUGCCUAAUGCAGAUGGAACCUUCCAGAAGACCAGCACCCUCAAUGUUAAACCUGAAGAGUGGAAGAACAACAAGUUCAGAUGUGUGGUGGAGCAUCAGGGCAAAACCAAAGCAGCAGAUGAGAAAAUCUUAACUAAUGAGGAAUCAGCUCCCAUUGGCUUGAUUGCUGGAGUUGUGGCUGCUCUGCUCCUGUUGGUUGUCAUUGGUGUAGCUGGAUAUAUGGUGUAUCAGAAGAAAAAAGGCUUUAAACCAGUCAGCGGCUCUGAUGAUGGAUCAAACAGCUCCGAUCAUGCAGUUCCACAGGCCUAA